CUGCCUGUGCCGCUGCUGCUAUGUUACAGGAGAGGGCAAUCAGUGCGGCUCAGCCCCGUCUGCCUGCACGCUUGUGAAGGAGGCUGGCUGUGCAUGUUGGUUGGUGGAGAGAGGGAAGAGAGCGAGAGAGAGAAGGGUAUGCUUCACCGUACCAAGUACAACCGCUUCAGGAAUGAGUCAGUAACAUCUGUCGAUGAGCUUCUCCAAGGCCUGUCCAUGAACCCCAAGGUCUCGGCCACCCCCCAGUCUGCAGCCGAGACAUCUUAUUUGCCCCCGACGGAGGUCCAGCCCUCCUCCACCACCGCUCCCUCCAACACCCCCACUAGCCACGGUCCUGACCACCUGGAAGAUGGAGGCACCACCCUCUGCACGCUUAUCAACAAGGUGUCCAGCCUGAAAUUCAGCAACUCGAGCAGCCUGCUCGGCAUCAAGGGUCUGCCCUCGGCCGUCAAGGACCUGGCUGUGUCUAAGCUGCAAGGGGGUGGGGGAUCAGGCUCAGCCAGCGCCGGUGGCACGAGCCUCAGUACAGCGACGGCAGCAGCCUCUGGUGUGGGAGGCUCUCACUGCUGCUCAGUCUCCCAUUCAGCCCCCUGCUCGCAGCUGGAGCCGGCUGUCAGCAUGAGCAAGAAGAGCAGGCUGGACGAACACCAGCCUAGCGGAGAGGACUGGCAUCCAGGUGGAGGUGGUGGACCGGUGAACAAACCAUCCCGAGGAUGGCUACACUCCAGUGACAAGAUAUCUGGUCCAGGAGUCACGUACAUUGUGAAGUAUCUAGGCUGCAUUGAGGUCCUGCGAUCAAUGAGAUCCCUGGAUUUUACCACAAGGUCUCAAAUAACAAGAGAAGCCAUCAGUCUGGUAUGUGAAGCUGUACCCGGGACCAAAGGAGCACUACGGAAGAGAAAGCCAGCGUCCAAAGCUCUGUCCAGCAUCCUGGGCAAGAGUAAUCUACAGUUUGCUGGUAUGUCCAUCAACUUAAAUAUCUCCACCAGUAGCCUCAACCUGAUGACCCCUGAUUGCAAACAGAUCAUAGCCAACCAUCACAUGCAGUCCAUCUCCUUUGCAUCAGGCGGAGACCCUGACACAACAGAUUUUGUGGCCUAUGUAGCAAAAGACCCUGUUAACAGAAGAGCUUGUCACAUCCUCGAGUGCUCCGAUGGACUGGCCCAGGACGUCAUCAGUACCAUUGGCCAGGCUUUUGACCUUCGUUUCCAGCAGUACCUGCAGUGUCCCUCAAGCAAGCUGCCCUCCACACACGAUAGGGUUUUAAACAUGGAAGAGUUGACAUGGACAGAAGAAGAGGAGGAAUCAACAGAACAUCCUUAUUACAACAACAUCCCAGGCAAAAUGCCACCUCCUGGAGGCUUUAUUGACACCCGACUGACCAGUCAGAAUUCAGCAUCAGAUGGGUGCCAGCAGGUGGGUCCAGGCUCAGUGGAUCCCACAUAUUACCAGGGGAGACAUUGUGAAAACUGGGCGGAUGAAAGAAAGGCAAUCUUUUUGCAACAGGGUUCAUUUGAUAUAAGUGGUCUACCUGAGAGUAAAGGUCAUGUACCAAAAACAGAAGAGAUGCCAAUGUAUGUGAACACGCAGCAGAUUGAUGCCCAGGUGCUUGCAGCACUCCAGGCUGAAGCAGAAAACGUGACAAAGGGCAUGGCAGCCGCCACCAAAGAGAGCCCACAGAAGGACCUGUUUGACAUGAAGCCCUUUGAGGAUGCCAUUCAGUCUCAGUCCCAGCCACCAUCUCAGGGGCAAUCCCAGUCCCAGGUGUCCAAUCUUCACAAGGCAGCAUCUGUGGACAACUCCAGCCCCCUUCUUGUGCGAUCACUGGCCUUCCGUGCACAGGAGGAGUUGGAAGGUCAGACAUGGUAUCAUGGCAAAAUGAGCCGCCGAGAUGCUGAAAAACUGCUGAAAGAUGAUGGGGACUUUCUCGUCCGUAAGAGCACGACCAAUCCAGGGUCCUAUGUACUGACAGGCAUGCACAAUGGGCUGGCUAAACACCUGCUGCUGGUAGACCCUGAGGGCUCGGUACGGACAAAAGACCAUGUGUUUGACAGCAUUAGCCACCUUAUUGGCCAUCACCGUGACAACAAUCUGCCCAUAGUGUCAGCCGGAAGUGAACUUUGUCUCCUAGAGCCUGUUGUAAGGAAACAGUGA